UAAUGUGUUUUCAUAAAAAGGAAAGCUUAGAAAAAUAAAUUUGAUAUUAAAGUAAAGAAAUAAUUUUCAUUUUUUAAAUUUAUCGGUUAUAUUUUUAUGCAAUUUUGUACCUAUCUUCACUUUAUUUAUUCAUUUUUUCUUUUGCAAAUUAACAUAUAAAAAAUUUCUAAAAAAAAUCAAAAAUAUAUUUAUACAUCCAUGAUGAAGAACCAAAAAGUGUGUAACUAAACCAAUAUAAUAGUUAGAUUAAAAAUAGUUAUACUUUAAUUUUACUGAUUAUAUGUAACACUAUAUAUCCAAAAAGUGAGUAACUAAACCAAUCUAAAUUUUUUAUACAAAGUCAAACGGAAAAUAAAAUAAAAUAUUUUAUUUAUAGUAAUAUUUUAUACAUAUAAAUUAUAGAACGACUCAACAUAUUACUAAACAAAUAUGAAAUUCUCAAUUAAAAUUAUAAAUAUAUUAACCAACUAUUAAAAUUAUGUAUUUUGUAUUAACUUAUGCAUAAGGUUUCAAAAGACUAUUAUUGUUAUAUUUAUUUAUGUAAUUUUGAAUCGGUCAACACUUUAGUUUACUUUUACUAUUUGAUUUUCACAACAACAUAUAUUAAAUUAUACAUAAUCUUGCUAAAAUAUAUUUACAAAUCUAAGAAAUGAAUCAAACUACAUCAAAAUAAAAAAUUAAUCAAAAUUUUAAUAUGUAUAACAAAAGUAUAGUAGUUGAAUCAGAUAAGUAAAUGUUAUCUAAUAUAUCCGAAUAAUAACCAAACAGUUAAAAUAUUAUAUAUCCAAAAUUAUACGUCUAAUUAAAAUAACAUAAUGUUAUUUAAAAUAAACUAUUUAUAUUGAUUACAAUAUAUAUAAAUAAGAGAAUAAUUAAAAAAUUAAGACAAAUUAUUACUAAAACUAUUAUAAUAUAUUUACUUUAUAAAUAUUUAUACUCGUGCAUGAACACGUAAAAUCACCUAGUUAAUUAUAUUAUAUAGUAUUUUAAAUUUUUUUACUUAGAAGCAAAUUUGGUCCAACUUUGUGCUUUUAUUUUAAUUGUAUUGAUGUCAACACAUUCUUUAUAUAUUAUCGCAAAACAAUUUUAAUAUACGUGCUAAGGGCAUCUCCAACCACACUCUAUUUUUCACUUUAAAAUAUAGUUUAGAGUAAAAAUACUUCAAUGAUACUAUAUUUCUCAAUAAUAUAGUGAAAAAUAGGUUUACUCCAAACAUAAAAUAACUUGUUUUUUUGUUCAUCACUCUAUUUUCUACUCUAAAAUAGGUUUACUCCAAACAUAAAAUAACGUGUGAAUGAUUUUUAUAGUCAUUAUAAAAUUAUAUUUAAAUUAUUAAAAUAAUUACAAUACAUGUCAUCUAUUAUCUGGUCCAGAAUCUUAAGAUAUAGAAUAUAUAUUUUUAUUAAAGUAACCAUAAUACUAAUUUACAAUCUACAAAAAAUCAUUUAAAAAACUACGAAAUUAGAAAUUACCUAUUCUGGUUUAAUAUAUAUAUAUAUAUGAUAAUUAAUAAUGUUGAAUAUUCAAUAUUUUAUAACAAUUUGUGUAUACUUUAUCAUUAUGUUUACUUUUAUAUUUAACUUGGAUUAGCUUUGAAAUAAAAAAAUUUAACCAAUUGCAUAAAGUCGGCUAAACUAAAUGUAGAUUAAGAAAUGUAGAUUUAGGAUUAUAUAUGUAUGUUUUGAUAUCAGUUAUAACCGAUCUGGCUCGGUUAUCCAGACAUGUUUAUAACAGUUCGGGUAUAUUAUUAUUUUGGUUCGGAUUAUCGGUCGAGUUUUUCUGGUUGGGAUCAAAUGGCAGUGGCCACGUUUUCUUCUGAUUUUUUUCCUUUUAAAAAUAUUCAAAUAACAAGUCCGAAAAUAUUGUUGCUUCCAGUCUAUAAGAUUGUGGGACUGAGCCUGUGCCUUUGUAAAUCCGAUAAUACGGUUUUGGUUAGUUUAAUAUUACGUACUAUUGUAUAAUCAUAACCAUCGAAUGGAAAGAUAUAAAAUAUAAUAAAGUUACUGAAUAUUUAAAGUCGGUUGAACAAAAAAUUGUGGAUAUACUUUUGGUAUGAUGGAAUAUAUUUUACAGAAUCACUAUAUUUUAAAGUUAUUUAAUUAAUAAACUAAAAAUUUGAAGUAUAUUAAUUACUGAGAUAUUUAUUAAAAAAUAAAUGACAUGAUUUAAAUAUAUCUAUAAAAGAGAAUUUUAAUUUUUCUUAUAACUAAUUCAGCAUUAGUUUUCAAAACUUUCAUAAUAUAUAACAAUAAUAUAUUAUAUAAAACCCAAAUUAUAGAUCAAACUCAUUUAUUACAUAAAUAUUUUAACGUCAUUUUUAUUAAUUCAAUAUUAAAAAGUCUCCUUAUUUAAUAUAAUGAAAAUAUUUUCUCGGGAAAUAUAAUGAAAAUAUAGAAAAUUGAUUUAAUGGAUGUUUGAUGCAUAUUUUUAUUUGUAUUGUCAUCAACAUAAACAGACUCAUAUUGACUCUGUAGACCAAACGGAUGACUCCACAUCCAUGUAAACGACGUAAGACAGUUGACUCCUGACACUGCGUGCUAGGCUAUCAUUUUUUGAAUUUUGCGUUUGUCGUACAUGAAUGAUUAUUGAGUUAAAGGAAGUUUUCUUUCAGGAUUUUGAUAUUUCUAAAUAACUUACAAAAGCGGGCUAUUCUUUUAAUUUUCGGAAAUUUGCCAAUAUGGAACUAAAUCUCUAAAGUAUUGUCCCCUUAGAACUAAAUUCUCUAACCUUGUCCGUAUAGAAUUAAUUCUUGUCCCCUUAGAACUAAUACUUUGUGAAUAUACUGUUUUGUCCUUUUCUUUAUAAUAUAAUUAAUAAAAUUUUAAAAACUAUAUGAAUUAAAAAGGAAAUACUUAAUUAAAUAAAAAUAAGGCAGUUUUUUCCCAACUCUCGGUCCCGUUCUCUCCGACUCUCUUUCCCAAUCGAGAGACGAUUUCUUUCUCGCCGGCGACACCUUCCGCCUCUGAGAUUCUUGGUUCGUCGGAGAGCUUCAACGAGGAGUCACAUAGCUUCUCCCUCCUCCUUCUUGCGUAUUUCCUCUGUUAGUGCCACCGGUUAGAUUAUCGUUCUUAUCUCCGUCGCCGCCGACGAUCGAAGCUGCUCAAGCUUGGGAGUAGCUUCUCCUCCCCGAUUAAGGACGAUUAGUUUCACAGUUGUUUUCUUUUGCUCUUCCUUCAUCUCGGUUCUGACAAUUUGAAGGUUAGGCUUUGAAAUCCCCGUUACGAUUUUGCUUUUUUUUUUGUUUGUUCUUUAUGUUUAUUUGCAUGUACUACAAAUUGUACUAGAUAGAGAGUUAGUUUAAAACACAAAUCGAAACAAGUUUAUGGUUUUCAGAGGCGGAAUGUGGUUGAGUGGGGUGUGAGAUUGGCUUGUUGUUGAGGUGAUUUUGAGUUCUAGUUUGUUUGGUAUCGGCUUUAUUAAGGUUUAGAAUUCAUAAUAGACUUGAAAAAGCUAAUGACUUUGACAUGCUUUAGACAUCGAUUUUACAUACUUGUUUUGGGAUCGAGUUUGUUAUUUGAAUUGAAUUUGUCGAUAGUGUGUAGUCUUUUGUUAUUCAUUUGGUGCGUAGCUUUGACUCUGUUUUAUUUUAGAGGUAAACACAUUUGCUAGUUGAUUAUAUUUUGUUUCGAUUUGUGUUUCUAAGUAGUUUUGAAUUGUAAAAAACUAGUUAAAUGUGAGAUGGUUAUAUUUGGUUCGCUGUUAACUUAUGGAAUUCAUGUUUUUUAGGAAUGGCUCACCAGUUUCCUAAACGCAUUCUUCAAGAAGGUGCUGAGACGCAGAUGGAUAAGAUUAACAACACAUGUAGAAGGACGCUUCUGAAGGCGGUAAAGGUGGCUCUGAAAGAUGAGUAUGAGGAAGUUUUGAAAGACCCUGUCUUCGGGCCUCUUCUGGCGAUCAUAGAGAACAACCUCAUCUACUCAGGGAAGAUUAUUCACAGCUUCAUGUGCAAGCAGCUCAGGGUUUCCAAGCUUCACGAGCUGUGGUUUAUUUUUGCGAAGAGGCCUCUUAGGUUUUCUAUGCAAGAAUUUUAUGCUGUGACUGGAUUGAAGUACAAAGAGGAACCCGACGUAGACUUCAUUAACUGGAAGAAUGAUAAGGGGUUCUGGGCUAAUGCGCUGAAGACCAAUGCGAAGAUCAACUUAUAUACUAUAAGGGAUGAGCUCCUUAAGGUGUGUAACGAGUGGUCGUAUGUGGACAGAGUGAGGUUAGUGUAUCUGUCCAUUAUACAAUCAUUCCUCAUGGCUAAGGAUUGGAAAGUGUAUAUCCCUCAAGAAUACAUCCGCUUGGUGAUGGAUUUUGAGAAAUUGAGGAUGUAUCCUUGGGGUCUUCGCGCUUAUGAUGAGCUGAUUGCAUCAAUACUCAGAGCAAGAGAAGAUGUGCAUACGAAGAACAGCUACGUGUUGGAUGGAUUCUCAUAUGCGUUUCAGAUAUGGAUUAUGGAGGCAAUUCCAGACAUUGGUUCUAUGGUGGGUAAAAAAUAAAAAAAAAACGUGAAGAAAAUGAGAUGUAGGAAUUGGAAAGGUAGUGGUAAAGUAUCCUACCAAGAUAUCACCAGCCUAGAGUCCCACUUUGAUAAGCUCGAUAAGCUUUAGAAGCCUUUGCAACCAAACCAGCCACACCUUUCCCACUAAAAUAUGUUACGACAUUAUUCAGCAAGUGGUGAAUGCAAAUUCCGUGAUGAGCUUGCGGGUACACGUUAGCAAUAGCUUUAGCAAUCGAGGAAUUCCUAUCAGA